GUGGAACCAAUUCACAACCUCUCCAACUACCAGGACACCCUCAGCUUCUCUAGCAGGACGACAAGAGUCCCAAGAUGAAGGUGGUGUUCCUGACCCUCCUCUUUGGUCUGCUUUGUGGGGCCCAGGAAACUCCAGCUGAAAUAGACCCCUCAAAGGUCACAGGAGAGUGGCGCACCAUUUAUGUGGCCGCGGAUAACAAGGAGAAGAUUGUGGAAGGGGGCCCACUGAGGUGUUAUAAUCGUCAGAUUGAAUGCAAAAAUGACUGCGAAUACCUCUUCAUUUCAUUUUAUGUCAAAUUUGACGGCAGAUGCCAGUUUUUCUCGGAAGAGCUAAAGAGACAAGAAGGAGGUAUUUACAUCAUAGAAUUCGCAGGUACAAAUUAUUUGCAAAUCAUUCAUGUAACAGACAACAUGCUGGUAUUUUAUUUUGAAAACCAUGAUGGACAGAAGAUCACAAAAAUAACUGAAGGUUGCGCCAGAGGAACCAGUUUCACUCAAGAAGAACUUCAGAAGUAUCAGGAGCUGAACAGUGAAAGGGGGAUUCCAAAUGAAAAUAUUGACAAUGUCAUCGAAACAGACAACUGUCCUCCAUAAGAACAGAGAACAUCAGUUUG